AUGACAGAUCAGAAGAGCCAAGGCAAGCAGUUCUCCAACGUCCUCGUCAACCUCAAAGGCGUCCACUCGAAGUGGCACGGCGACGCGGCCCAGCUUCAUGAGCCUCCAGCGCGCAGUGACUUCAUCGAGCCCAAGAACGUGCUUGAUAAAGACAUGAGGGACUCCAUCCUCAAGCUGGAACGACGGGGUGAGGAGACCAGACGGCGGUUCGAGCAAGACCACAGGCACGAGUCGUGGUUUCAAGAAUGGGCUGCCAUGCCUGAAUCUGGCCAGGGUACUGAAACCGAUGACGUAGAGGACGCGGCGCUCUGGCGAGACCCUGGGGUUUCCGAGCCCAGAUCGUAG